GAACCGCGCUCUGCAAGCGACGAUUCCGUCCAAACAUGCCACACGGAGCCUACGAGCGGUGUUUUGGCACCCCCUGCGUGUUCUGGCCAGUCACGCACCGUCACCGUUCGACGGGCUUCUGCUUAGAAUGGGCACAUGUGAGUGGUGAACAUGUCUGCGCCUUACUGCCAUUCAGCGCUAAUUGUUGUCUUCAUAUGGGCAUGCCGUUGGAGACAUCAACGCCAGCCCCGUUGAGCAGUUGGCAGUAGGCUUCUAGAGAAUUGCUGCUGAAACCCAAUUGAUUGAUGUUACAAGUUCAUGCUCGUAGAUUGGUCCAAACCCAAUUGUGGAUAGGUAAAUUUGUAGGGCUUCAGGAUUUCUGUCGAUGGCGAUGCAUGCGAAUGCAACAUCCCCUCUCACAGGUAGGCUGUAUCGCCACUCAUACACCUUCAAGAGGCAGAAUAGCGGGCCAUUUGCUACUCGAAAGGGACAGAGCUGCUUGAAGGACGACUUGACGGUCUUGUCAUCGCUUGCUCGGGUUCGCUUGCUCCGGUUCGCUGUAAACUGCAAGCGCUGUACUAUCCACCGUGCGUCAUCUUCUAGGGCUCGCCUAGGUACCAGGUUUGCUGAAGGAAAACCCUUGAGCCUGCGUCAGCUAGCUGCGCGUGCCUCCGCGUAAGCGCGGGGCCUGGGCCAGCUCGGAGCUCGCUUGCGCCAGUGGCACAGACAUGGCUACAAUGAGGAGACGCAAGCAGGCCAAGGAUGAUCAGCUAACGGAGUCCCUUCUUGAUGACUACGACGCCCGCGAUGCGGACGACGUGGCGCCAGAGCCGCACGAGCCGCCGCACAAGGCCGUGCCGUCGGCGGCGGCUCCCUCGCGCCACACGGCCCUGAUCGUGCACCCCGGCGAGUUCAACCUGCAGGCCUUCAUACAGUCCGUGCUGGCCUGGUGGCAGCGCAUGUUCGGAGCCUGCUUCGGCCCGAUAUUCUCCUACGCGACGCACUUGUGGCCCGUGCCCUCGCGCGAGCCGCAGCUGUCGCUGCUGCAGGCGGAGCGGCUGCAGCAGCUGCGGGACAAGGUGGCGGAGCGGUUCGACAUCGCCAGCCCCUCGCACCAGGACUCUCUGCGGCGUCUGUGGAGCCUGGCGUUCAGCGGCGAGCCCUGCACCGCCCUCAAGACACCGCGCUGGAAGGACAUGGGUUGGCAGGGUGACGACCCCGCCACCGACUUCCGCGGGGCGGGCCUGUACGGCCUAGACAACCUGAUCUACCUGGCGGAGGUGCACCCCGACACGUUCAGGCGGCUGCUGGACAAGAGCGAGGGCACCCGCGCCGCCUGGGAGUACCCCUUCGCGGUGGCCGGCCUCAACCUCACGUGGGCGCUGUCGGAGCUGCUGGAGCUGCACGCGCCUACCGGUGCGGCGGCCGCCGCCGCCGCAGCAGCAGCCAACAGCAACAGCGACUCCUCCGGGCCGCGGCCGCCGCGCGGCGCCGCCGGGCGCGCCUUCCUGACUCUGCUGUCCGAGAGCGAGGUGGCCUUUGAGGAGCUGUACUGCGCCGCCUACUGCCUGCUGGAUGCCACGUGGCUGGAGAUGAGGGCGUCGUACAUGGAGUUCAACGCUGUGAUGAAGCGGGUCAAGGGCCAGGUGGAGAAGGCGCUGGCGAGCCGGCCCGCGGACAUGGCGCAGCUGAGGCAGCGACUGCUGGCGGGGGUGCCGGGCGCUGCGGUCUGGGACUGACGGGGAGAGAAGGAGGGAGGCGGAAGAGGCGAAGCCGCUUGGAACUGGGAAGAAAUGCAGAGAGGCAGCGGCGGGUAUGGGCUGGUUUGUAUCUCGUUGCUGGCAUCGGUUCCGUAAGAACCGAGAAUGGAGGACAAAGCGCAGGAGGUGCAUGACGCAUAACGGGUGCGGGAGAGGUGCUGCUUACGGGGGCUGAGGGCGGCGGGUUGGUGAGGGCUGAGGUGGCCGGUGCGUGGUCAGGGUUGAGGCGGGGUGGGGGCUGGUGAUGAGGUGUACUGCCUGCGGUGGCCAAGGGUUGGGAGGACGUUGGUUGUGCAGUUGGGUGGUGAGGGGCCGCUUGGGGUGGGCAAGGGCUCAUGAAGGGCAUGCGGCGUUGGUUAUGGACAGCGGCGCACGGGAAAAAAGUACGCAGUGCAGUGCAUGCAAUGCAGUAUUGUGGGGGUUGCACUCUUACUUGCGGCUGUGCCUCUACGCCUGCCCACAGUUGGUUCAGGCGGCACAUCGUUGCAUGAGAGGCAGGGGGUGCAGCUUUGGUGCAAGGCUUGCAGUUAUAGGCGAGAUAAGGCUUCCGGAGUUGCGGCUUACGAAGACACAACACUUUAAGGAGCACCCCAGGGGUCCCAACUCAGCAACUCCCAUCCCAGGGAGUCAUGAGAUCCGAAAAUCAAACACCGAGACAGCCAGGUCCGCUCUUGCUCCAAACACACAAGUGUGUUGGAGUAGGGCGCUAUUAACGUGUGUCUAU